GACCCCGGUCACAAAACUAUACAAAGAGGUCAUGUGCAGGAAAUGGACAGUAACCGGAACAACAAAGAUGUCUUGUCUGAAGCUGACCCAGGUCACAAAAUUAUGCAAAGAGGUCAUGUGCAGGAAAUGGACAGUAACCGGAACAACAAAGAUGUCUUGUCUGAAGCUGACCCCAGACACAAAACUAUACAAAGAGGUCAUGUGCAGGAAAUGGACAGUAACCGGACCAACAAAGAUGUCUUGUCUGAAGCUGACCCAGGUCACAAAACUAUGCAAAGAGGUCAUGUGCAGGAAUUGGACAGUAACCGGAACAACAAAGAUGUCUUGUCUGAAGCUGACCCCAAACACAAAACUAUACAAAGAGGUCAUGUGCAGGAAAUGAACAGUAACCUCAACAAAAGACACAAUGUGUCCUCUGAAACAGAGAGCAAACACAAAAAUAUGCAUAUUAUUCAUGAAAUGGACUUCAUCAAAAAAGAUCAUCUGUCAUCUGAAGCUGGCCGUGAGCAUGGAAGCAUGCAUGGCGCUAACAUAGCAGAGAGCAGCUCCUCAGGGUUGGGGUCCGGGCGAGACGAAAGACACUCUGCUAUCCUCAGUACACGUCCCGAGACACCAGAACCCAGCACACCCACCACGGUGACAGUGAAGAUCAAAGAAACAAAAGAGGCUCCUUAUGUUCAUCAGGCCAAGGAAGAGGAUGGACAGAACGCUCUCAGGUCCCUUUCCAGACAUCACGAGGACGUUUCCCUAAACAGCCUGGUGGAGGACUGUUGCAAAGCAGGCCAGAAGUGGGCAGAGGGCAACAACCAUUGCAAUGCUAUGGCUUUUAUCAGACAGGACAGGCAGUCUGUAUGUAGGACUGCCCAGGAGCAGUGCUGCCUGGCCGUGUUGACGGAAAGCAGCUGCCUGGCGGCAAUGAAUGCGGCCAAAGCCGGCGUUCCCUGCGAUGCGAACGGCGACGAAUGCGGAAAUGAUUCCUACAAGGAGUGCUGCAGCUGCUGUACCUUGGGGAUGCACUUCCGGGUUGCGGGGCAGGGUUGCGCGGCCCACGAGCAUCUCAGCUACUCCUGUGGCAACAUCUUCCUGAGCUGCUGUGAGGAAGACGAGAGCCCCAGCCAGCCAGCUCUACGGCGGAGGCAGCGGCCAGAGCCUACCGUCCUGCCGGACAGAGUCUCUGACAGCAGGUUCCCCAACGAGGCCUUCUCCAUCCAGGACAGGGAGGAGGCAGCCAACUCCGUGGAGGACCUGGAAGAUGUCGACGAGUGCCAGCUUGAUGGGGACAGGCUGUGCCACCAGAGGUGCAUCAACACCUGGGGCUCCUACGAGUGUGCCUGUUACCCGGGCUACACGCUGCACCAGGACGGACACUUCUGCGUGUCAGACAACCCAAUGGAGGAUAACAGAGUGGGACAGGAAGAGGGGAGAGCAAGGCAGCCUCCCGAAACAGACGUGCCCCCCACCCGGACCACAGCCCUCCUCAACGCCUGUGCAGAAAAUGGGCCUUGUGCACACCUGUGCUCCGUGGAGGGAGGGCAGGCUCACUGCUCCUGCUUUCCCGGCUUCUCGUUGAUGACCGACGGGCGCUCGUGUGAAGAUGUGGAUGAGUGCGGCACAGACAUGGCCAUUUGCCCGCGCGGAGAUGUUUGCGUCAACACGGCGGGAUCCUACCAGUGCCUGCCUGAAUCGUGCCAGGAGGGGUUCAUACUCAACGGGAAUAGAGAGUGCGUGGAUGUGAACGAGUGCGUCACUAACGCUCACAGCUGCCAGGCCAACGAGAAAUGCGUCAACACCAUGGGGUCCUUUAUGUGCCAAAGGCAGAUAAUAUGCCCAGCAGGGUACCAGGCAAGAGAUGGGGUUUGCGAAGAUGUUGAUGAGUGUGCCUUGGGGACGCACAACUGUGGAGUGGGCUUUGAGUGCCAGAAUAUGCAAGGCUCCUUCUCCUGCCAACCCAGGCAGAGGUGCUUCACUGGGUUCAGCCAGGACAAACAUGGCAACUGUGUCGAUGUUGAUGAGUGCAGCAGUCUGGAGGAGCCCUGCAGCUCCGGCUUCAACUGCAUCAACACCGUGGGCUCGUACACCUGCCAGCGCAAGGUCAUCCUGUGCAGCCAGGGCUACCACACCAGCGCCGACGGAGCCCGGUGCAUUGAUGUCGACGAGUGUCAGACUGGUGCCCACCGCUGCGGAGAGGGCCAGAUCUGUCAGAACCUGCCUGGGAACUACCGCUGCAACUGCCAGACGGGCUACCAGCCUGACCUGAUCCGCGGGACCUGCGUGGACAUCAACGAGUGUUGGCGGUACCCGGGCCGGCUGUGUGCCCAGACAUGCGAGAACACCCCUGGCUCCUAUCGGUGCACCUGCACAGCCGGCUUCUCGCUGUCUGUAGAUGGCAAGAACUGUGAAGAUGUGAACGAAUGCAACAGCAACCCCUGCAGUCAGGAAUGCGCCAACAUCUACGGUUCAUAUCAGUGUUACUGCAGGCAAGGCUUCUUCCUCAAGGAAGAUGGACACACCUGUGAAGACAUCGAUGAGUGCUCCCAGAGCGUGGGCCACCUCUGCGCCUUCAAAUGCGUCAACGUCCCUGGCAGCUAUCAGUGUGCCUGCCCGCCGAGCGGAUACUCCAUGUCCCCCAAUGGGCGUACUUGCCGAGACAUAGACGAGUGCACCAACGGAGCCCACAACUGCAGCUCCACGGAGACCUGCUACAACGUCCAGGGCGGCUUCCGCUGCCUGUCUUUCAGCUGCCCGGCCAACUACCGCAGGGUGUCAGACAUACGCUGCGAGCGCAUCAGCUGCCAGGAUUUCCAGGAGUGUCAGAACAUGCCACUGAGGAUCACCUACUACCAACUGAACUUCCAGACCAACAUCAUCAUCCCGGCUCUGAUCUUCCGCAUCGGGCCGUCGCCCGCCUACUCCGGGGACAGCAUCAUCAUCCGCAUCACCCGCGGCUACGAGGAGAACUACUUCAGCACCCGCAAGCUGAACGCCUACACUGGCGCCGUGUACCUGCAGCGCCAGGUGCGGCAGCCCCGCGAUUUCCUCAUCGAAGUCGAGAUGAAGCUCCUCCGCCAGGGCAGUUUCACCACCUUCCUGGCCAGGAUCUACGUCUUCAUCACGGCCCACUCGCUCUAACGGCCAGGCUGUCGGCGCGUACAGUAUGGUGCUCCACUUCUCUUCAAGCAUCGUUUAUAUGACAGCUGUUAAUGAAGAGGCCUCCGUUUAGUGUAUGCCCUUGCAUACUCCUGUCUGAAUGUCCGCUAAAUGAAAUAUUGCCAAAGACUUUACCGUUAAUUUUAUGUAGCGAUAGAUCUGUGGUUUGGUGUUUUGCUCGCACUGAUGACACGCAGAGAAAUCCAUGGAGGAGUGUUGCUUGCAGAAACACCUGUUGGUCUGCACCUCACACCAGAUGCUAUGUAGCCACGUAUUUUCCCUCUUGACUGGCUUGAUUCUCAUCCUGUAUUACUCAGCAGAUUUUGUUCUAUUUUUUUCUUUGCUCAGUGUUUUCUGUCCUCUACCUGAGAACACAAUAAGCAAUCAAAUGGAUGAUGGAUGUAUGAUAAUUUUUAAGCCUGUUUUAAAAAGAGAGCUCCUUUGGAAAGGUUAUUCUUGACAUUCGCAUGGUGAGACCAUGUGACACAGAUGCCAGCACUGAAAAUUGUCUUUUAUAAGUAGUUGAGGUUUUAGUGUUUUUUUUUCUGCCCACAGUUUCCGUCGGUGUGUUACUGUCUUAAAAUCGUCUCAGGGUAAACAAAAUAGAAACAACCCAGUCUGCAUUAGUUCUCUCCAUUAAACACCUCCUGUAUAACAA